AUGGUCAGGGCCACCAAGGGACUGUUAAUAUCAUGUGAUCCCACCGUCAAAACCAUCAUUCUACAAAUGGACGAGGAAAGAGGCAACAAACUCAUCGUUCAUGACCUCGAUGACGACCACGUCAUGAUCGACCGAGACAUGUUAGAUGAAGUGCGUGCGCGAGUGGAGAAGCAAAUGGAGGAAAACACCUACAACCUACAAGACAGGCCUGACGACGGCGAGAAGAAGCGAAAUGGGAGGUUCGGUACGCCUGGUGCGUAG